AUGCCGGUGGUGUCAAGCCAAUGCGCCACCGGAGAAGACGACUUGUUGACGGCUUGGAAAAGCUCAGUUCUGGAUGCAACAUUUGAUUUCACAUUCACUUCCAGCUUUGGCUCUGGUAAAUUCACCGACCGCACGCUCAAGACCGGCGGAAUUGCAGCUAUCCAAUUGAGCAACGACCCUUCGGAUGCUUUCUGGAAGCCCUCAAAUUACAUUGUCUACAUCCGGCGAUAUGCAUCCACAAUUGUAGCAAUGAAGAAAAUUGGCCCCUCCGAACUAUCAUCUGGGAAUUGGCCAAAUAAGAAGCGCCUCUGUGCAUUCCCUUCAGAAGCCAAGAAGGCGGCAUUGGAUGGACUCGAGGAUGUGCUCCUGGAACCACCGCGAAGAGCUCAAGUGGAGUCAAACAAGUACUUGAAGAGGACCAAAUUCCUGUCGGACUUAACAGGGGACUCACUCGAAGGGUACCCAUGUCGCGUCUUCAUCGAUGUUGGCUUGCCGGAGAGAAACGGUGGCAGCCCUGAUUGGUUUGAGAGGAAUUACCCAACAAGGAAUCGGGUUUCGAAAUUUACAAGAUAG